AUGAUCGAAUUCAAUAAAAAUUUAGCAAAAUCUGUUUGAGCCUGUCUUUGUUUGAUUAGACUUCCAGUUCGAUUAAUACAUCUUGCAUUGUGAAGUUCAAGUUGAUCCUCUUCAUGCAAGUCUGCAUCUCGAAGAUGGAGUUCACUUCAUUGGAGAGUUGCCUGAAUGUGAACUCUGAUCCUGGACUUCGAACACUCCAGCUUCUAUUUUUGAGAAGUCCAAGAUGUCUUCAACAAGACCUUUCAGAAUGUCUCACGACGAUGAAGUCAUCCUGUGAUAUUUGGCCCAAUCCUCAGUCAGGUGGUCCUUCAUCAAGUGCAGAGACAGCGACAUCGCAUUGAGGGGAGUCCUGAACUCGUGGGACACAUUCGAGAGCAUCUGGCGUUGAUAGUUGCUCUGGGCUUUAGCUUCUUCUAGCUGAGUAAUCUGGGUUGUGCCUAUAAAAAUUUGAAGGAAAGUAGAUAACUUUUCGAGGCCAUUGACAACAUCAAUUUUUGAAAUAUUCACUACAAAAUAUCUAUCCAGAUACUCUAUAGUUGUUAUCAAAUGUGUUUGUAGCUGAACGACAUCUAUGCUUUGAUGCUUCUGUCAUGGUCUCAAGUAUUUUGUCACAGUUCUCUUAUGUCUAGCAAGAAGUGGGUCAACAAGAUAUCUACGUACUGGUUGACUUGUACAUCAGAGUCAUCUUCUUUGUCUUCUUUGACUGCGUCUUUCUUGACUUGAACCAUGAAGUUGCUGAGGAUGUUGUCGAUUAGUAUUCGAGAAUUAUCUAAUCUCAACUUGUCAGCAAUCACUUUGGAAUCUAUGUAAGUAAAACUGUUGUAGAUGCAUUAUUUGACCUAGGCUAACUUCAUAUUAUGCUUUUGAGAUUUAAAAAAUGACUCCACAUCAAAAAUUUGCUGGAUUUUCUUUUGAAAUAAUUUCAGGCUAUCUCCAUGAUGAAUCAUGAUGAUGACGUCCUCAGGGAGAUCCUGCAACACUUUCUCUAGCUGAGAUAAAACCUGCUUAUCAAAGUGCUUUGACAAGAACUCCUGCUUGAAGUUUCUGAGUUGAGAAACCCAUUGAACCCCUAAUCAGAUUAGAGGCAGCAUGAGUGCAUACAAGACCGUCAUCUGGACGCUAUAGUAAAUAACUUUGAGUCUGACAUACAAGUAAGCGUAGAUCAGCAAAAUGCCAAAGGUA